AUGCAUCUCUCAACUAUAUCCGUGCUUCUUUCGGUUGCUCUAGCACAAGCUUCUUCUUUCAUCACUCCUAACAGGCACGCUACAAACAAGGAGCCGGAUUACCCAAAAAGAUGUUACCCCGACCCCUGUAAAGGAGUGACCCACGUGAACUCUACUGCUGUUUGUGGUGACCCACGACUUGGUCCGAAAGUCCUCCCCAGAUAUUUCCCUCUCUCCAAUGAGCUCAAGACAUACGCCCGCUUCGGCGAGCUCUGCCCAAUUGAGUUCCUGGAGAAAUGGACCGUGAACGCUUCCGACCCCACGGCUUACUGGAUCUAUCCAGACAGCGAUGGAUUUGCCCAAACAUCCACGAAUGCGUCUAUUCUUGGCAAUUUUACACUCCGCGUGGGCCAGAAGCUUGAUAGAUUCGGGUCUGAAUUUGGAAAGUUCUUGGCACCUCUUGGAGCUCCAUAUAUCGAGCGAUCCCUGCCACCAUCCAAUCUGUUCGCGCCAACCAACAGCAGCUUCCCGUACAACUACCAUGUCUACCAGGUGACCAAGGAAUUUGAUGUCCUUUUGGGGCCCAUUUCGCCUUGGUUUGAGCAGCCUGGGUUUGGAUCCCAGCUUUUGGCUCUGACUAGUGUGGCGGAUCUGUUGGAAGAGGGAGCCUUGAAAAGACUGGAUUUGCAAGACUAUGAUGAAGCCGAAGAAUACUCUGCGGGUUAUCUGCCUGCUCCUAACAAGACUUCCACCUAA